AGAGCAGAAAGAAAACUCCUCCUACAAGCUUUAGCUAGUGCUGGGCUGGACACUGAUAGAAGUCACAAGACUGCUCUAACUGCUGAGGAGAAAGGGUAUUUAGCAGUUUAUAUUUACUAAAAUAAUUGCACUUCCAUGUUCUGUGUACUGUGGGAGACCAGAUAUAGUGAAUGCAGGGUCCUGGGUUUAGUAACACUUUAAGAACGCGGUCUCCGUGGGAGACCAGAUAUAGUGAUUGCGGGGUCCAGGG